CUACCUCUGCUUGCCCAUUCGUCCUACAGGUCAUUUUAGUCUCUUUCUUUCCCCGCACGUAUGCUAGGUUCUAUAUCUUAGAAGCAGAGCUCAUCUUAACCAUGCCGCCCAUUCAUCUCGAAGGCACCACUCUCGAAGGAGGAGGGCAACUCCUUCGCAUUGCCCUUGGUCUCUCCAGCCUCACCAAAAUCCCCAUUCAAAUCACCAACAUCCGCGGGAAACGAUCAGGGGGUGGUGGACUGAAAGCACAGCACUUAACCUCAGUUCAAUGGCUCGGCAAAGCUUCGAAUGCAAGAGUCAGUGGCGUGGGCUUGAAGAGCAAGGAAAUCACCUUCACUCCAGAUCCUUAUUGCUUGACCAUCGAACGCAGGAAACUAGAAGUGUCUGCAUCAACCGCCCAUAUCCUAAUCAACCAAAACACCCCAGGCAGCAUCAGCCUCGUAUUCCAAGCAAUCCUCCCUUAUCUCAUCUUCUCCGGCUCAAAUUCCCCAAUUCAGGUCAGGAUAUCGGGUGGAACAAAUGUUUCUAACUCACCCUCAUAUGACUAUGUCCAGCAAGUUCUUCUUCCCAUGCUUUCUUGUAUUGGAAUCCCUCCAAUAACAUCCGAACUACAUUCACGGGGAUGGUCAACCGGAUCCACAAGACUCGGUACUACUUCCUAUACCAUCACCCCAUUGCCCUCGGGAUCUAGUUUACCAGCGUUCCAACUCGCCCAGCGCGGCGAAAUUCGCCAUGUCAAGGCUACUAUUCUUGCCCCAAAAGCAUGCGAAUCGCAUUUCCGGGAUGAACUAGAAGUUAUGUUUAAUAAGAGACGCACGGCUAUCUUCGGUGAUCAAGGAAACGAAAACGAGACAGAAUUCGACGUUUCUUUCGAACCCUCUGGCCACGACAAACGCUUCUACCUUCUCCUCGUCGCCACCACGUCAACCGGAUACAAGCUUGCGCGUGAUUGGCUGUAUGACCACGGGAUCCGGACUGGUAAAAUCGACACCGUGAUAUCUAAGAUGGCCAAAAAAGUCUUCGCAGAUCUGAUUGCCGAGAUUGAGCACGGUGGUUGUGUGGAUGAGUAUUUGCGGGACCAACUCGUUGUUUUCCAGGCACUGGCGAAAGGAAGGAGUAGAGUGAGUGGAGGGAAAUUGGCCCCAAGUUUGCACGCCGAGACUGCGCAUUGGGUUGUUAAUAUGCUGCUUGGGGUGGAGCUAGAUGAUGAUGGGGGUUGUGAAGGCGUGGGGUUUGUUGCUGGCCAGGGGGUGGGGAAAGAUGGUAUCGAGAAGACAGAAGCAGAUAUGGUCAAGGCCCUCGACCAUCUCGAAGUGUAGGAAAUGUUAUGGAUGUAUCAAUCCUAUCAUACAGCGGCCGAGGACGCAAGCCACGAUUCGUCCGCUACAUCGCCCAAGAACCAAUGGAUAAUUCCGGUCGAUGAAAAGAACCAUCCCUCUUCACUAGCGGGAUUGUAGAUUUGUGGGCCUGAUAUACUAUAAUCAUUAAGCAAGCGGUCUCCAUGGCUGAGUUGAGCUAUCCUUCGGAGGUGCAGGCGUUGAGGGAACAGUGCAUGUGGCGAUUUUCACACCCCAAAGGGGGGGCGAACCUAGCGAAAUAUUGCAAGAAAUAAGGGACCGAACCAUGAUGCUGUUGUGCA